AUGAGCCGAUCACUGAUUCUCGCCCUUUUCUGUCUGUUCAGCAUCGCUUUGGCGCAACAAACGAUCUCUCCAUGCAGCAUGUGUGAAUUCGUGAUGAACCAGGCCCUAUAUCACUACAAAAAGGGCGAGAGCGUAUCAAAAGUCGAAGAUGAGCUACUUUUUCCAGCAAAUACUCCACGUCUUUGGAAACAUCUCCUGGUGAAGGGUGUGACGCUUCAGGAAUUGAAUCCCCUUACCACACGAUUCAUCGACGGACCAUCUAUUUUUGCUAACAUGUUGUCAGUGUUUGUAAUUUUGGUUUUAAUAUCUGGAACUCGUGCAGAUUACGACUUUCGUGGAAGAGAUUAUGUUCGGCAAAAGUCUGAGCGACUUGUUUUUGGGGUGGCUAUGGUUCGAGACUUCAGCACAAUGCCCCGUGUCUUGGACGAUGCCCUUUCGGCCGGGUAUCGCACCUUUGACACAGCCCAACUAUAUGGUAACGAAGCAGCCACCGGUAACGCUCUCAAUCAGCUCCUUCACAAACACGGAUUGACAAGAUCGUUGAGCAAGUUAAAUCUUGGAUACAUUGAUUUGAUGUUGAUUCACUCGCCUGCAGCUAGUCCCGAUGUUCCUUCAAAUCCUCAUCAUCAUCAGAUUGAGAGGAAGAAGACAUGGCAAGCGAUGGAGAAGUAUUACAAACUCGGCAAAAUCAAAGCGAUCGGAGUCUCGAAUUAUCUCAUAAAUCAUUUGGAGGAUCUCUUGAGCUAUGCAACGAUUUUCCCCGCUGUUAAUCAAGCCGAAUACAGUCUCAGCUAUCAAAUGAAUGAUUUGGUGGAUUAUUGUGCAAGGAAGGGGAUUGUUUUCCAAUCCUUCAGUUGUCAACUUGUUGCCACACGAAACAAGGUGCUUAAUGUGGAUCGAAGGUUGACCACAAUUGCUAGAAAAUACAGCAUCACACCGAAAAUGCUUGAAUAUGCGUUUUCGUUGAAUCGAGAUAUAAGUGUUGUCAUGGGAUCGAAAACCGCUUCUCAUAUGAGAGAGAAUCGAGCUUUGUUGAAAAUCAAAUUGAGCCAAGAAGAUCUCUCUGCUUUGCAACUGCCAAACGGUGUUACUGGUCAAAGAUCGACUGCUUGUCGAAUGGACCCAAGAUUGAUUCGGUUU